CGGAGGUGCCGGGCGGGCGCGGGGUGCCGGCAGGAAGCGGGGAGGGGCGGCGGGCGGGGGCCUCCGGAAAAGCGCCCCGACUUCCUGCCCCGCCGGAGCCAGGAAGCGGGAGCCGGGACCCAGGGCCGGGAUCGCCGAGCCCGACCUCGGGCGCCCCGCCGGUCACCUCCCCGCGCGGACACCAGCCCGGCAGCGCCCAUGGAGGCAGAGGACUGCACCCGAGGGGUGGCCCCCGGGGCUCCCCGGCCUGGCCUGGUGCCCGUCAGCAUCAUUGGGGCGGAGGAUGAGGAUUUCGAGAACGAGCUGGAGACGAACUCGGAGGAGCACAACAGCCAGUUCCAGAACCUGGAGGAGGUGAAGCGGCGCCCGGCACACCUCAUGGCCCUCCUGCACCAUGUGGCCCUGCAGUUCGAGCCAGGACCUCUGCUCUGCUGCCUGCACGCGGACAUGCUGGCCUCGCUCGGCCCCAAGGAGGCCAAGAAGGCCUUCCUCGACUUCUACCACAGCUUCCUGGAGAAGACCGCGGUCCUGCGGGUGCCGGUCCCACCCUCUGUUGCCUUUGAACUUGACCGCACGCGGCCCGACCUCCUCUCGGAGGACAGCCAGAGGCAGUCGGUGCAGGAGGUGGUGCAGAGCCAGCAGGCGGCCGUGGGGCGGCAGCUGGACGACUUCCGCUCCAAGCGGCUCAUGGGCAUGACGCCCUGGGAGCAGGAGCUGAGCCAGCUGGAGGUCUGGGUGGGCCGCGACCGUGCCACCUUCGAGGCCCGGGAGCGGCACGUAGCAGAGCGGCUGCUGUCCCACAUGGAGGAGAUGCAACACACUAUCUCUGCGGAUGAGGAGAAAAGUGCCGCCGUGGUCAAUGCCAUCAGCGUCUACAUGCGCCACCUCGGGGUGCGUACCAAGAGCUGUGACAAGAAGUUGGGGAGGAACUUCUUCCGGAAAAAGGUGAUGGGGAACCGGCGGUCAGACGAGCCGGCCAAGAGCAAGAAGGGACUGAGCAGCUUCCUGGAGGCAGCCCGCAGGAAUCGGGGAGAACCCCAGGCCCCAGAUUUCCGACACGUCAGAGCUGAUGCUGAUGCUGAGAAGCCAGGUCUCACAGAACGGAAGGGAGGCCUGGGGCUACCUUCCCGGGACCGGAAUACCGGGGGCUCUGGGCAGGACCCCCCUGGAGUCUCUCUGCUCCCGCCGCCCGGAGACAGUCCAGACCGGGAUGCAGGUGUGGACGCCCCUCCGGAGAUGGGGGAGCUGUCACUGCAAGGCCCCGCCAGCCUGGAGCCCCCCGCCCCCCUGGAGAACACAGAGGAGGGCGCUGACCCAGAGAGGCUGUCGGGGCGUCUGGGGCGCUCAGAGAGCCUGCGGGUGACUGACCGCCGCCGGCCUUCCCGGGGCAGCCUCGGGGCGAAGGGCCGGGGUGGGGGCCGCUCCCGGAGCGACGUGGACAUGGACCCCAGCUCUGCCACGGCGGCGCUUGGCCCUGCCCGACGAGCCACCCCCGAGCCUGGGAAUGAGGGGGAGCCGGGGCGGCCUGCACAGGACCCUGAGCCCGAAGAGCCCCCCGGCUGGCGAGAGCUGGUCCCCCCAGACACCCUGCACAGCCUGCCCAAGAGCCAGGUGAAGCGGCAGGAGGUGAUCAGCGAGCUGCUGGUGACGGAGGCAGCCCACGUGCGCAUGCUCCGGGUGCUGCAUGAUCUCUUCUACCAGCCCAUGGCCGAUGGCGGCUUCUUCCCCCUGGAGGAGCUGCAGAACAUCUUCCCCAGCCUGGACGAGCUCAUCGAAGUGCACUCCCUGUUCCUUGAUCGCAUGAUGAAGCGGAGGCAGGAAAGUGAAUACCUCAUCGAGGAGAUCGGAGACGUGCUGCUGGCCCGGUUCGAUGGGACCGAGGGCUCCUGGUUCCAGAAAAUCUCCUCCCGCUUCUGUAGCCGCCAGUCAUUUGCCUUAGAGCAGCUCAAAGCCAAACAGCGCAAGGAGCCGCGGUUCUGUGCCUUCGUGCAGGAGGCGGAGAGCCGGCCGCGGUGCCGCCGCCUGCAGCUGAAGGACAUGAUUCCCACGGAGAUGCAGCGGCUCACCAAGUACCCGCUGCUGCUGCAGAGCAUCGGGCAUAACACAGAGGAGCCCAAGGAACGGGAGAAAGUGGAGCGGGCCGCCGAGUGUUGCCGGGAAAUCCUGCACCAUGUCAAUCAGGCCGUGCGCGACAUGGAGGACCUGCUGCGGCUCAAGGAUUAUCAGCGACGCCUGGACUUGUCCCACCUGCGGCAGAGCAGCGACCCCAUGCUGAGCGAGUUCAAGAACCUGGACAUCACCAAGAAGAAGCUCAUCCACGAGGGCCCGCUGACGUGGCGGGUGACCAAGGACAAGGCUGUGGAGGUGCACGUGCUGCUGCUGGAUGACCUCCUCCUGCUGCUGCAGCGCCAGGACGAGCGGCUGCUGCUCAAGUCGCACAGCCGCACGCUGACGGCCACGCCCGACGGCAAGACCAUGCUGCGGCCCGUGCUGCGGCUGACCUCGGCCAUGACGCGCGACGUGGCCACGGAUCACAAAGCCUUCUAUGUCAUUUUCACCUGGGACCAGGAGGCACAGAUCUACGAGCUGGUGGCACAGACCGUGUCUGAGCGCAAGAACUGGUGCGCCCUUAUCACGGAGACCGCCGGAUCCCUGAAGGUCCCUGCCCCCGCCUCCCGCCCCAAACCCCGGCCCAGCCCGAGCAGCCCGGCCCCUGGGGUCACCCAGCACUUCCUCCCCAGCACCCGUGAACCCCUGCUCAGCAGUGCUGAGAACGGCAGUGUUGGCCGGGAGGCGCCUCCCGCUGACGGCCGGAUGGAGAAGAUCCUCAGCGCCCUCCUGCCCUUCUGCAGACCUGGCCCUGAGGGCCAGCUCUCUGCCAAGGCGCUUCGCAAAGUGCUGAGCCUGAAACGGCUCAUGUCAGAGGAAGACAACGGGGCAGGGCCUCCUCGAGAAGGGGAUGGGGGCCCAGAGGGCGGCUCCCCAACAUCUACCCGCACCCAGGAGAUGCAGGAGGACCUCCAGGACCUGGAGGAGACCAUCAAACAGAUUGAGGAGCUGGAGGAGGAGUUUUGUCGCCUGCGACUGGUCCUAUUACAGCUCAGAGACAUCACUGCCCCCCCGCCUGGCUGCACUUGAGGCCCCCCUCUCCCAGGCAGACUUUCCACCAAGAGGAACGGAGGAGAGGCCCUGAGGGCCCCGCACCCCACCGCACUGCCCGCUGCACCCCAGCCCCAGGUUGUGGGGCCCGGCCUCCCCGCCUCACUCCCGCCUUCCAGAGAGGGACUCAGGGCUUCAUUCCCGGGGGCACCAAAGGGACCUGCAUCGUCUGGCCAUCUCAGUAUUGCCUGGGGGGCCGCCCCUCCCCCCCCAAGUGCCUUGGCUCUGUUUUUAUACCCUGAACCGGAGGUUUAUUUUUAAUAUAUAUUAUCAAGGAGA